AUGACGACAAGAGGUUGGUUGAAAGAUAGUCGUUAUGUUAGGGUGGAUGAACAACUCGGGAUCUUUUUAUCUUUGGUUGGUCAUGGUAACUCUAAUAGAUAUUUAUGUGAGAGGUUCCAACGCUCCGGACAAACAAUCAGCACAUAUUUCUCUAUUGUCUUGAAAGCAUUUCUCAAAUUGGCAAAAGAGAUUAUCGGACCACCUUCUUUUGAUGAUAUCCCGGAGGAGAUUCCUAUGGAUCCGAACCAUCAAUGCUACUUCAAGGGCUGCGUUAGUGCUAUUGAUGGCACCCACAUCAAUGCUUCUGUCUCUGCAUCAAAGCAAAUCCCGUAUAGAGGCGGGAAAGGGAUUACCACUCAGAAUGUGCUUUAUGUUUGUUCAUUUGAUAUGAAAUUUACUUUUGUGUAUGCUGGGUGGGAAGGAUCUGUGAACGAUUGUCGAGUCCUCUCGGCAGCACUAGAUACUCCUAGGUUGCAAUUUCCUCGACCACCGCCGGGCAAAUACUACGUGGUAGAUUCUGGUUAUGCAGCACUUCCGGGAUUUCUAACUCCGUUCAAAGGUGAACGGUAUCAUCCGAACGAUUAUAGGGGUAAAGGGAGACGACCUAGAACAGCAAAAGAAAUGUUCAACCGUAGGCACUCUUCGCUAAGAAAUGUCAUUGAGAGGUCAUUUGGGGCAUUGAAAAAUCGUUUUACCAUUUUGAGACGUAUGCCUCCAUUCAAAGUUCGAAAACAAGCAUAUAUUGUAAUUGCAUGUUGUGCUCUUCAUAAUUACAUUCGUGACCAAGAUAGGAUGGACAGAAACUUUUCUCGAUAUGGUGAUCCGGAGUACCCAUGUGGACCUAUACAAGAAGAGGUUGCCGAUGAUAUAUCUCAUGAGGGAGCUACCGAGAUAAACAUGCUUAGGAAAAGUAUUGCCAAUAAAAUGGCAAGGGAUAACAAUAUGGCUGAAAUUCCAUGACUU